CUCACACUCUGCAUCGCCCAGACCCGACUGGAAUCUUCCCGCGCGGCCCGGCCGCGCCCGGUCCCGAGAGGUACCAAGAUGUGGGGUGCAGGCAGCCCCCUGGCCUGGCUCUCUGCAGGCCCAGGCAACUUGAACGUGAGCAGCGUGGGCUCAGCAGAGGGGCCCACAGGCCCAGCUGCACCGUUGCCCUCACCCAGGGCUUGGGAUGUGGUGCUGUGCAUCUCAGGCACACUGGUGUCCUGCGAGAACGCGCUGGUGGUGGCCAUCAUUGUGGGCACUCCUGCCUUCCGUGCCCCCAUGUUCCUGCUAGUGGGCAGCCUUGCCAUUGCAGACCUGCUGGCAGGCCUGGGCCUAGUCCUGCACUUUGCUGCUGUCUUCUGCAUUGGCUCAGCGGAAAUGAGCCUGGUGCUGGUUGGCGUCCUGGCAAUGGCCUUUACUGCCAGCAUCGGCAGCCUACUGGCCAUCACUGUAGAUCGCUACCUUUCUCUGUACAAUGCCCUCACCUACUAUUCAGAGACAACGGUGACUCGGACUUAUGUGAUGCUGGCCCUGGUGUGGGGGGGUGCGCUCGGCAUAGGGCUGCUGCCUGUGCUGGCUUGGAACUGCUUGGACGCCCCGACCACGUGCGGCGUGGUAUAUCCACUCUCCAAGAACCAUCUGGUGGUCCUGGCUGUUGCCUUCUUCAUGGUGUUUGGCAUCAUGCUGCAGCUCUAUGCCCAGAUCUGCCGCAUCGUCUGCCGCCAUGCCCAGCAGAUUGCCCUCCAGCGGCACCUGCUGCCUGCCUCCCACUACGUGGCCACCCGCAAGGGCAUUGCCACACUGGCUGUGGUGCUUGGCGCCUUUGCCGCCUGCUGGCUGCCCUUCACCGUCUACUGCCUGCUGGGCGAUGCCCACUCCCCAUCUCUCUACACCUAUCUCACUCUGCUCCCUGCCACCUACAACUCCAUGAUCAACCCCAUCAUCUACGCCUUCCGCAACCAGGAUGUGCAGAAGGUGCUGUGGGCCAUCUGCUGCUGCUGUUCCUCUUCCAAGAUCCCCUUCCGAUCCCGUUCUCCCAGUGAUGUCUAGUUGUGUACUGGUGACCCUUCAACCCUGACCACUGCAGAAUUCCAGAAUGUUAGAUCCUCCAGGGUUUUGUUCCAACCCCCAGCUCCACACCCCGAAGACCCAGCUGGUUCUGGAGUUCUAGGACAUUGGGUGUUUCACAGGAUUCUGUUCAGAUCCCUGCAGAGCCCAGCUGGCUCCAGGAUUCUAGAAUGUUCAGAUGGUCAGGGUUCCACUCAGAAAUGUCCCACAGCCCAGCUGGCUUGGAGUUCCAGAAUGCUGCUGGGUGUUUUACAGUGCCAUUCCAAGUCCCUGGGCUUCCCCCUCCCUUGACCUUGUCACUUUGAGUUUCUGAGCUAGAGUUAGAGAUGUUAGCCACUCUCUUGCCUAGAUAGGAGAAAAAGAUUUAUCUAUAUAUAUGUGUGCACAUAUGAAGAGAAUAUUAUUUAUUUAUUUAUGAAUUUAUUUAUAAGUAUAAGGGGGAAAAAGAGACCAAUACCUUGAAAUCCAGACCAUACCAGGGUACUCCCAGUCCCCACACCCCCAUUUCUGACCUC